AUGGAUAUCCUCAAUGGCAUUCAAAACUCGCGUCUGGAAGAGAUACUCACUCGCACAGGUCAACGCGGUAAAGGUCACCUUAAUGUCCGGAUCCCGGAUCGUGGGAAGCAGUGCUUAGCUAAACUCCGAUUCAUCACAGUGACUUAUUCUAGAAAGUUUCCAAUACCAAACAGCAUCCCUCCUAAAAAGUCGGGCAUUGCAGAUGCUGAACCUGAUUUUACCAUGAACCGUCAUGCUGUUUUCCCCGAUAUUUGCGAGGGGCAAGACGGACGGCGCGAGAAGGUCGAAGAGCGCUUUGUUCGAAAGGAAUCCCCGGAUGAGGUGCAUCCUUGCCGUGCGAUAACCUGGAAGUGUUGGACAAAGGAGUAUGAGUCCGCGGAUGAAGUAGUGGGAGAUAUAAAUGUUGUUAUAUCCGCGGCCAUGUAA